CACACACACACACACACACACACACUCACACAUACACACUCACAUACACACACUCACACACACAUUCAUACACACACUCACACACACACACUCACACACACACACACUCACACACACUCACACUCACACUCACACACACUCACACACUCUCACACUCACACACACUCAAACACACACACAUACAUACUCACAUAUACAUACUCACACAUACACACACUCACACACACUCACACACACUCUCACACACACUCACACAUACACACACUCACACACACUCACACACACUCAUACACACAUACUCACACACACACUUACACUCACAUACACACACUCACACACACACACACUCACAUACACACUCACACACUCACACACACACAAACUGCUGCCUCUGGUGGUGUAUGUUUGUAAUCUUAGUGCUAGGGAAGUAGAGACAGGAAGAUCUCUGGGGCUGGUCACCACGCUGAAUUAGUGUUCUGGGUAACGUGAGAAACUUGUCUCAAAAUUAAGUGCAGAUCAAUUGAGGGAGACACCUGAGGUUUUACCUCUGGCCUCCAUAUGCUUGUUUCCAGAUACAUACACUACCACCACCACCACCACAACCACCACCAAUCACCACUCCCUCAAAAAAAAAAAAAUUGAAGAGAAAAGAAAUAAUCACCAAAUGAGUCAGUCAUUCCAUUCGUGAGACUGUGCGGUGGUUUGAAUAUGCGUGGCUCAUGGGAAAUGGUAUUAUUAGAAGGUGUGGCCCUAUUGGAGGAGGUGUAGCCUUGUUAGAGGAAAUGUGUCACUGUGGAGGCAGGGCUUUGAGGUCUCAUAAAUAUGUUCAAGUCUGGCCACUGUGAUCCAGACCCUUCUCCUCCUGGCUGCCUUCAGAUCAAGAUGUAGAACUCUCAGCUCCUCCAGCACCGUGUCUGCCUGCACGCUGCCAUGCUUCUCACUAUGAUGAUAAUGGACUAAACCUCUGAAACUGUAAGCCAGCUCCGAUGAAAUGGUUUUUCUUAUAAGAGUUGCCUUGGUCAUGUCCUUUCACAGCAAUGAAACCCUAGCUAAGACAGAUUGAAACCAUGGAUUUGAAUACCUGCAUACUCCUGAAUGAUCAUAACAUCUGUAUUCCUAAGAGUCAAAAGAUGGUCAGAGCCUAGAUGUCCAGCAACAGGUUACUGGAUAAACACAUUGUGGUCUAUCAAGUGUGUGUGUGUGUGUGUGUGUGUGUGUGUGAGUGUGUGGUGUGUGUGAGUAUGAGUGUGUGUGGUGUGUACGAGUAUGAGUGUGUGUGUGAGCGUGUGUGUGAGUGUAUGUGAGUGUGAGUGUGUGUGUGAGCGUGUGUGUGUAUGUGAGUGUGUGUAUGUUGAUACACAUACACACUGUAUUAGCUUUCCAUUAUUGUAACAAUAAUACAAUUAAAUUAUCAGAGGGAAAGAAUUAGUUUGGUCUUGGGAGGCUUCAGUGUAUAAUCUCUUAGCUUUAUAGCUUGGGUUUGUGGGAUUCAGUGCAUCAUGGCCAGAGUUUUCCAUGAUUUCCAGGAAGCAAAGGGAGACAGAAACAUUGGAUACCAAUAUUUCUUUCCAGGGCACAUUCCCAAUGAUCUAAUCUUCCUUCACUUCCUUCACCUUAUUUUAAAAAAUUAUUUAUUUAUUACAUAUAAGUACACUGUAGCUAUCUUCAGACACACCAGAAGAGAGCAUCAGGUCCCAUUACAGAUGGUUGUGAGUCACUAUGUGGUUGCUGGGAAUUGAACUCAGGACCUCUGGAAGAGCAGUCAGUGCUCCUAACCACUGAGCCACCUCUCCAGCCUGAUUCCUUCACCUUUUAAAGCAGCAGUUCUCAGCCUGUAGGCAGCGACUCCCAGGGAUCGCAUAUCAGAUAUCCUGCAUAUCAGAUAUUUACAUUAUAAUUUAUAACAGUAGCAAAAUGACACUUAUGAAGUAGCAAAGAAAUAAUGUUAUGGUUGGAGUUACCACAACAUGAGGAACUGUACUAAAGGGUUGCAGUAUCAGAAGGGCUGAGAAACCACUCUUACAGAAACAAACAAGGGCUGAAGAGAUGGCCAAGGAGUUUUAAGCUCAUAUGUCUCCUCCAGAGGACCAAAUUCGUUUUCAGUCCUACGUCCUCAGGCAGCUCAUAGCUAGCUCCAGGGGGUUCAAUGCUUCUGCCUCUGAGGCCCCCAUACACACAGUCUUGAGAGCCUAUGCUCACAUGAGCACACCUCACGUGCACACGUAUACACACACUCACACACACGCACACACAGAGCUGAUGGCGAGAGGACACUGUCCGAAUAGGUAGGCUGCCUACCAGUCAAACAGGAAGCUCUAGGCUUUCACAGUCGUCCUCCAGCCUGGGGCAGCUUUUCAGAGCUUUUUGCAUCACCCCUGCUCCUGUUAGAAACCUCAAUAAACUCACUGCUUCACCACGUUAGACCAGAGUGAAAUCAUUCCUUUGCUGGAGUCUCCAUCUUUCCUUUUCUAACUGAGCUAGAUUCCCAACCUCCUACCCAGUAAGCUUUACUACCUGACCUUUAUCUAGGCUUUAACCGCCUACGCAUAACUCACCACCCUGAGAGACUUUUCUUUGUCACUUCAUUCUGCUCCUGUGUGUGUAUGUGGCGGGGGCGGGGCUGUGACUGCUGUUCAGUAGGUAGGACAUUAGCCUAGCACGCAGAAAGCUUUGGGUUCCAUCCCAGCACGGCACAAACCGGACUUGGUGACACACACCUGUCACGCCAGCACUUUUGAGGUGGAGGCAGGAGGAUAAGGAGUCCAAGGCCAGUCUUGGCUACAAAUUAAUUCACUUGGGGUCCAGCUUGGACUACAUAAAAUCCUGUUUCAAAACAAAUCCUCAAAAUACUUGUGUUUUUCCCCCUCUAAACAAAACGAAACAAAACAGGCUGGUUAAAGUGAAUCCUCUGGUGCGGUGUCCUGAUAGAUGUGGAUCGAGCACCUUUAAGUGAUUGACUUUUGUCCUUCCUGGAAGGAAGAGUGGAAGAGAACUUUGGAUAUUUUGUAGUUGCUUUUACACACACGCACACGCACAUGCGCAGGCGUGCAAGCGCGGGCUGUAACCAUGGUCAGAGGACAGCUUGCCCACAGUCAGUUCUUACCUUCGACCAUGCCAGUCCCAAGGGUGGAACUGGUGUCUCCAGGCCUGACCUACAUGUGCCUCUACCCAUUGUGCCAUCCUGCUGGCCCCGUGCUCCCUAUGUAGAUCUGGCUGGCCUCGAACUCACUGAGAACCUCUGCCGCCCCCUGUCCCCUGAAUGCUUGAAUUAAAGGUACUCGUCCGGUUCAAUUUUUCUUCUAAAGUGCCAGUAGCCUGGUGACAUCUAUGAUGUCUUGGGGCCUUGUGCCACAUGCCUGUCAUCCAACACUUGGGAGACUGAAUAAGGAGUGUAAGGCCAGUUUGAGUACUUGGUGAGCUCAAGGACAGCUUGAGUUAAAAAAAAAAAAAAAAAGGCAACAAUAAAAAAAAAUCUAAUCACUCCUCAAAGAAGAUGAAAAUCAAGAUGCCUUAUGAGAGGACACCAGUCGCAGAGGCUCAGACCGACAAGCUGAUACAGCAGGUACUUGAAGCCUACAAGUGAAGGAGAAAUCCCUUUGUGUGGGUCUGACAAGAGCUUUGACUUGCAUUUUUUCCCCCUGCGGACAAUGAAUUAAUUUUUGAAACAUUUUGCUUGUGGAAUUGCCUAAGCAGCCGUGGAGCGAAUUGCAACGGGCUUUAAAGGUCAUUCUGGGUGCCCAUGGGCAGGGAGUACAUACGUGGCAGCAAUACAUUUUGCAAACUGGGUUCGGGUUAGCUCGCCUACAAGGUACCAGGACUGGGACAAAGGGCGGGCAGUUGCGCCUGCGCCGACCUUCGGACCUUUCGGAAAGGAGUUUGGCCCCGCCCCGGGUGACGUCACGAUCGAGUUGCCAUGGCUCUGCUGAACGGUCUGGCUUCCGCGCUGGAGUCCUACAGGGGCCGGGACCGCCUGAUCCGGACACUGGGGUAUGGCUGCCAGCUCAUCGGUGGGGUCCUAGUGGAACAGUGUCCCAGCAGGUCCGAAGUGGGACGGCGCUUGCUGGUGGUGUCAGCCCAGCUCAGUCACUGCAGGACUGUCUUGCGACUCUUCGAUGACCUGGCCAUGUUUGUCUACACUAAACAGUAUGGCCUGGGGGCAGAGGUCCCUGUGGACAAUGUUGAAGCUAAGGCAGAAGCUGCGGAGCCCCACAGGCCACUUUGCAAGCCAGCUGCCCAGGAGCAAAUGGAGAGCCGUGGAAGCAAGGAUCUGGUCAGAAGCUUUAACUCUGCUCAGCAACCUGGCUGACCUGGCAAAUGCUGUGCACUGGUUGCCCCCAGGUGUCCUGUGGGCUGGCUGCUUCCCUCCUUGGCUGGUGGGCCUCAUGGGUACCAUCUCCUCCAUCCUCAGCGUGUAUCAAGCUGCCAGGGCUGGCAAACAGGCUGAGGUAGACAGCCCUUGAUGAGGCCCUGGAGGCAGGCAGAGGACACUGUGGUGCUCAACGAGACUCAGAUUCCCAGAGCGGGAACCACUGGCGGGGGGAGCAUCCAUAAUUGUGUCCUCCUCCUCCGGUGCUGGCCCCUGGGUGGGGUGGGAAAGGGGCUCAAAUGAGAUCUUUCCAGGCCCCAGCUAGGGUUUCAGGAGAAGCUGCUCCUCUGGGGGGGAGGGGACACACGAGAAUCUCAGGGCCCCCGGAGCCAAGGCUUGCAGAGUCCCGGGAGGGCAAUGCUAGAGCCUCCCAUGGGCUGGCUUGCCUAAAGGGAGACAUGUUGCCCCUCAGGUUGGGCUUUGGCAAAGCUGGAAUAUAGGAAUGUCUAUUAAAUUUCUUGGUUUGGUGCCA